UUUUUUGUAAACGCGCUUCGGUUGUUUGUCCUAAGCGACUUGCCGUCCGGUUGUGUCCCGUGUACAGCAGGAGGCUGCAGAAUAAAACGAAUCUUGAAGCGAAUCCUGAAAUAUAUGAUGUUAUUUAUCUUCGAUCUUCAAAUGAAGUCCCAUGAGCCAAUCAGUCCGAGUAUCCAAGCAUGGUGAAGGAGUCAGCUGUAUGGCACAGCCUGUCAAGAUCAUCACAUCCAGCCAGACUCACUCAUGGCCAGAGUGAACAAGACAGGAGUGCUGGUGCUGCUCAUUACAGCAAGCUCCAUCUUCCUUCUAUUCCAGCUCUAUUAUUACAGACAGCACUCUAACAAACAUGGGCUUCAAGCACCCGCUGGUAAAGGUUACCUAACAGGGAAGGAGGCGCAAUGGCAUUUAGUGAAAAAGUUUUUGGCCCUGGCCCAUAAGUUCAGCCUGCCUGUGUUUCUGGUGGACACGGUGUCUCUGAGCCGGCUCUCCCAGGAUGCAGUUCUGCUCAAGGACAGCAAACUGAAGGAGCCUCACUGCACAUUUCUGUGCACAAACAGGGACUUCGUCACCUUCGGCCUGCUCGGAAACCUCUGGAAGUAUGAUGCUGGCCUCCUGGAGGCUGCAGAGGAACGUGGCCUGGAGCUGCUGGAGAUCAGGGGGAAAGACCCCAGGCUGGUCAGCAUGGAUGACCUGUCAGGCCGCGACAUCCCUCUGCACCUGCUGUUAAGUUUCAACGGCCUUCUGGUGCAUGUAGUUGUACUGUACGAACGAAGCGGAAACUACCUGUGGCAUGGACCACUCAGGCUCCGAAGCAGCAUGGACCGAGCAUUUGCUCCCUGGAGGGAGCUCGAGUACGGCCGCUAUGCAGGGGCCUACAGCAGGCCAGAUCUUAUUCUAACCACUCUCGAUGGGCUUGAUGUUCGGAUUCCCAAAAACUUUUCUCACUUCCAGAGAGAACAUUUCAACAGCCGCUUCCUGGAGUGCAGAUAUCGAGAAGCAGCGGCCUUUUACCAGCUGUAUCCAGACGAUACAUCACCAGAGGCCAUGGACUUCAGGAUGAAGGCUAAGAGUCUCCUCCAUCUCGCUGCUCGGGUUCUCAGUGGGAUUGAGGUUCCGUUCUGGCUGAGCAGUGGUACAUGUCUAGGUUGGUUCCGGCAGUGUAACAUAAUUCCCUACAGUAAAGAUGUGGACCUGGGCAUCUGGAUAAAAGAUUACAGGCAUGAUAUCAUACAGGCGUUUCAGAAGGCUGGACUCUUCCUCAAACAUAAGUUUGGAAAGAUAGAGGACAGUCUUGAGCUCUCCUUUCAAGGCCUGGAUGUGAAACUGGACAUCUUUUUUUUCUAUGAGGACGGAGACAUCGUUUGGAACGGAGGCACACAGGCGAAAAGUGGCAAGAAAUUCAAGUACGUCUUCCCUCGCUUCAGCCUGUGUUGGACAGAGCUGCUGGAACUGAAGGUCCAAGUGCCCUGUGAGACUCUGGAUUACGUGACUGCGAACUACGGACCUGACUGGAACGUUCCGGUCAAGGCUUGGGACUGGAAGAACUCACCACCCAACGUGCAGGAGAACGGCGUGUGGCCCAUCAAGGAGUGGGAUGAUGUCAUCCAAGUCAACUAAGGCUGAAACAGUGUGUAGUUUAGAAAUAUGGAUGCCAUAACACACAUGAUUUUUCCAAAUAAAACACUAAAUGUGAGAUACCAGGAGGUAACCAGAAAAGACUGUAUUUAAAGAACUGUUUAAAAAGCGUAUACUAACUGAAUAAUGUAAACCUUAAUGCAGAUGCUGUGUUUUUUUCCAUGACUUUUUUGAAGAUGUGAAAUUGUAAGCAGAUAACAUGAGCUACUGAAAUGUGUGAUGGGCCAUACUACUAUUAGGAUCUCGGUCUGAAAUGUUAGUGUGAGUUUUCUUUAAAUAAAACACCUGAACCUAAA